CAAAUUGGGUUAAGAGAACAAGAAAGCCGGCCUCUAGAAAUAAAGGCCCAUCGCCACCAGUUCUGAGUUCAUUAUUUUGUCUCAAGGGUUUCUCCAGAUAGAAGAAGAAGAAGAAAAAAACACGCUAGCUUGGGAUUCAGAGGCGGUUGCCGUGUUUUUGUCAUGUUGCUGUCUUGUUGCCCAAGUUUUAACAUAGCAUUAUAAAAGUAUAAUGUAAUAAAAUUCUCCAGAAACAGAAACACACCAAGUUUCGAACUUUCAAAUUGUCUUCCAGGACCUUCACUUUAUUUUUAUUUUAUUUUGUAAAUAAAGUGCCAUUUCUACUUCUUCUUUUAAAGCUUCAAGCUUAACCAGCUGUUAAACAAGAUUUUUGGUGCUGUUUCUUAAGAUCGUUACUUUCUUUUUAAAAGUAGCAGAGUUUUAUUACAAUAUAUAGUAAUAAUGGAAUCUCCUCUAGUGUUAGGUGCUACUGUGGCUGCCGCUGCCUGGAGUGGUAGGUUUUUAAUUGGAGCAUGGCAAGCAUUCAAAGCUCGGCCUGUAGUUCCGCGUGUUCAAAGAUUUUAUAAAGGUGGGUUCGAGCAGGAGAUGACAAGGAGAGAAGCAGCUUUAAUUCUUGGAGUGAGAGAGAGUGCUGUAAUGGAGAAGAUCAAGGAGGCUCAUAGGAGAGUGAUGGUGGCAAAUCACCCUGAUGCUGGAGGGAGCCAUUAUCUUGCUUCAAAGAUCAACGAAGCCAAAGAGGUCAUGUCGGGGAAAACUAAGGUGGGCGCCUCAAUCUUUUAGGUGAUACACAAAAGAUAUCAAUACAUGAUUAAAGAGUCUUUUUUGUUUCCUUGUAAUCUUCAUAGCUUGUUGUAAUUGUCCGAAACAUGACACUCGGAUUUUUAAAUUCUAAUUUCCCCUGAGAUGGGAGUUUCGGGAUAAACUCUUGGUUGGUUGAGAAAAAAAAAUUGGUGAAGUUGCAACAUUCAACA